ACAAGACCAGGAUAAAGCAAGAUGGCGUUUGGUGGAGAGGACGUUGUUGUGGGGUUUAUAGUUCUCUGUCCUUAAUCCGUACAUGUGCACAUAAAUGGCGUUAAAUAUAGUUAAACAUCGUUAAUAAUUGUUUGUAUGCUGAUACAUUAGUCUGAGUGCACUUUGACGCUUGUCGCGCUAGCUUAGCUCGGUAUUUAGCUUAGCUUGCUGGCUGCUCACAAAGGGACGCGGAAGCUAUUAAUACAUUGCUAAGCAGAGAUCAAGUGUGAGUGUAAAGUGUUGUGAUUGUGUCAAAAUGUCUGAAAGAAUGCCACCAGAGUACAAGGAGAAACUUUGUCCAACACAAGAGGAGAUGGAGCGACAACGUCAUCUGCUGGACGCUGUUUUCAAGAAGCCUCAAGUUGAGUUACACAGAACAGAUACCCAGCAGCUAAGUAGACAUCAAGAAGAAUGUCUCUUUCAGCUACAAGGGGGAAGCUCCAUUUUGAAGCCGGAGGAUCCACAGCCCCCUCCCCUUAAAGAAAAAGAAAAGGAUCCACAGUCCUUUAAUAUAAAAGAGGAAGAUCCACAGCUCCCGCACAUUGAAGAAAAUGAUUUACAGUGUCCUCAUUUGCUUAAGGAAGUGGAGGAUCCACAGUUAUCCAAUACAAAAGAGGAAGAUCCACAGUCCUCACACAAUUAUGAUGAAAAUGAUCCACAACCCCACCACUUUAAAAAGGAAGAGGAUAAUCCACAAACCUCCCACUUUAAAGAAGAAGAGGAUCCACAAUCCCGCCACAUUAAAGAGGAAGAAGAAGGAGAGUGUCUUCGAGGGCAGGAUGAGGCUGAUCUCACCACGUUUCUACUGACUGUGAAGACUGAAGACCAUGAAGACAAACCACCUGAGUCCUCACAGCUUCAUCACACUCCAAACAUGUGUGAAGAACACCUUCUCCCUGACCAGCAGGAGUGGACUUCCAUAAUGGAACAGGAGCUACAGCCUACCAACAUUAAAGAGGAAGAGGAGGAGCCGCAGACCUCUCCUUUUAAAGACGAAGAGAGGCAGCCACUGCCCCCUCACAUUAAAGAAAAAGAGGAGGAAUACAGCAUCAGUCAAGAGGAAGAGUACCUUGAAGGACUAGAGGGGGUUGAUGUCAUUAAGAUCCCACUGACUGGUGUAAUUGUGAAGAGUAAAGAUGAGGUCAAAGGUGAAAGUGAGGAGAAGAGAGAGGUAGAGCCUCCAAGCAGCAGCUCAACUCAACACACGUCACAAUCUCCUGACACUCAUGACGAAGACUCUAAACCUGAUAAGUCAUUUCACGCCGAUAACACGCACUUCCAAUGCUCUCUAUGUGGCAAAAUGUUUCAUCUCCGUGGUAAUCUGAAAAGACAUGAGAGAAUACACACAGGAGAAAAACCCUUCAUGUGCUUAGUUUGUAGUAAAAGGUUUUCCCAGAAAGAACAUUUGAUAAAGCACACAAUAAUUCACACGGAAAAAGAAACAUUUACCUGUUCAGUCUGUGGUAAAUGCUUUGGAAAAAAAAGUGAGAUGAAAGUACACAUGAAAAUACACCCGGAAGAAAACAAACCAUUCAUGUGCCCAGUUUGUAAUAAAAGGUUCUCUCAAAAGGAAAAUUUGAUAAAACACACAAGAAUUCAUACUGGAGAAAAACCUUUUACCUGUUCAGUCUGUGGUAAACGUUUUCUACAGAAUAAAACAUUUAAAGUACACAUGAUAACACACACUGGAGAAAAACCAUUCAUGUGCACAGUUUGUAGUAAAAAGUUCUCUCAGAAGGAACAUUUAAUUGUACACACAAGAAUUCACACUGGAGAAAAACCGUUUACUUGUUCACUCUGUGAUAAAUGUUUUGUACAAAAUAAAACAUUUAAAGUGCACAUGAGAACGCACACUGGAGAAACACCAUUCAUGUGCUCAGUUUGCGGUAAAAGGUUCUCUCAGAAGCAACAUUUAAUUAUACACACAAGAAUACACACUGGAGAUAAACCGUUUGCCUGUUCAAUCUGUGGUAAACGUUUUCUACAAGAAAAUACAUUUAAAGUUCACAUGAGAACACACACUGGAGAAAAACCUUUUAUCUGUACAGUCUGUGGUAAACGUUUUGCACAAAAAGACACAUUUAAAGUACACAUAAGAACUCACACUGGGGAAAAACCUUUUGUCUGUUCAGUCUGCGGUAAACGUUUUGUACAAAAAGGAACAGUUAAAGUACACAUGAGAACACACACAGGAGAAAAACCUUUCUCUUGUACAAUCUGCGGUAAAGGUUUCAGACGAAAUACAUUUUUGAAAGGACACAUGAGACUACACACUGGUGAAGAUCCGUACACCUGUUCAAGCUGCAACAAAACCUUUUGUGACCGAUCCGCACUUGCUAGACACAUGAGAACGCACACUGGUGAAAAACCAUAUUCCUCUUCAAGCUGCAAAAAAAGCUUUUGUGACCGAUCAAACCUUGUAAAACACAUCAGAAGACACACUGGUGAGAAAGUGUUGCGAUGCAGUGUGUGUGAUGAAAGAUUCUCUUAUAAGUACCAGUGUGAAAAACACAAGUGUGCUGCUGAGAACAGUAGCAGCAGCAGCAAAUGAAUCUGCAGGGAACUGUUAACACUAUAACUCUGACUUUCUAACAACUUCUCUACAUUUAACAUGUGUGACAUCAUUGUUGUUUGUAACACUUUCUCGUUAAUAUGCUUCUAUCAUUUAUAGAUUACAUUUUACUUUUAUGUCAGUCAGGUACAUGCAUUAAUAUAAACUCUGUUUGUUUGUUUUUUACUUGAUUUGUGAAUAUGUGAUAUAUAUAUACAUUGUAACUGUUAACACUAUUUUAGUCAAGUACAUUCAUUAAGUGCAUUUAUAUAGAACAUUGUGUUACAUAUAUUUCAAAAUAAAAAA